CAAAAUCCUCCCGCAGAGCCUCUCCAAGAGGGCAAGUCCAGGUCGCCGCAGAGAACAAAAGACCAUUCCUUCUUGAAUAUAGGGAUGCCAAAGUCAUACCUAUUUUUAGAUAACGUCCCAUUGAUAAUGCGAACCCGCCCUCUCAACUCUGACAUCUUCCCACUCCCGCCCACCAGCCAUCGUUCGGGUUAUACAUUGUUUUCGAGGUUCAGGUCGUCCAUUCCUCUUCCCGAAUCCCCAUGUUAUCAAUACCUCUCAAAUGCAGCAUCAGACUCGUCGGAUGACCGAAAUCCCAGAAUCGUUUUGCCAGCCUCAAUCCGAUCUUCACAACUAGCAAAUACAACACAAACCGAAUAAUGGACUCGGAAGGCAGCUCAUCUGAUAUAUCGACGGAAAGGACGUUGGAAAAGACGGUUCGCGAGGGCGAAUCCAGGUUGCCCAUGCUCGUGCUGGCAUCGGAAUGCGUUACUUUUAUCAAACGAGGGGCUUGUUACGUUCCAGAGAAGGAAUGGAAGCUCAAGAACAGUCUACUCGCCACUGUAGGAUUUCUUGAGCUGGGCAAUGCUGGAGAUUUUGCCGCGAACGUGUGGAACGAGAUUCCGGCACCGUCUUACGCCGUUGGCCUGAUGGUCAUAGGCGGUACUCUCGCCCUCUCGCUCUCCUAUUUUGCCUUUCGAGAUGCCAAGCUGAGCUGGUCCAAUCUGCUUCUUCUUCGACAAGAACGACAUGAUCUACGAAAGCAGAAACUUCACUCGGUUGAAAAUGGGCAAAUCGUCUGGGGUCUCGAUACGCGUUUGGAUGUGAGCUUUCGGGAAAUGGGAACAGAAUUGAUCAGCCGCUUUGGAAUGGACAUUUUGAUGGGAUUUGGAGCUGUCAUCAUCGGCAUCGGAACGUUUAUGGCAAUCGGUGGUGCGAAUCAUCACGUGUGGUAUGCCAGCAAUCUUCUCUCCGGAUACAUCGGGAAUGUGCCUCUAGCGCUCUACGCAAUCAUCAAUGCAACGUGGUCUCUCUAUAUUUGGAUGAAAGUCCGUCAACACGGCAUUGCUGGAGCAAAGGCGCUACAUGGGAACAUGGCCGCUGCCCUAAAGCAUCGCGUUCGCACCGUCCAACUGUACACUUCGAUAAACGGCCUAACCGGCAUCGUUGCAGGAGCUGGAUCACUCAUUACCGCAACUAUGUGGUGGGGCUAUGUGAUCUUGAUUCCGGUUAUCAUAUCGUCCAUCUCCUGCAACUAUAUAUGGCGACACAAGAUAGCCUACGAGCGUCCGUUGCUUCGACGAACGCUCGAAGUGAGCAAGGUGUCCCUGCUCAGAGAAUUGGAAUUCAUUGUUUCUGUUCGACAGACGCUCGAGGAAAUACCGUCAGAAUCUCUCCGCGCGCUCAUCACAGAUUCGCAGUCGAUCACCUCUGUUAUCGAAUUCAUCGUAGCAAAUGAUCUUUUCGAGGACUUCUGUGUUCGACUUCUCUGUGAUGCACGUCUCUCAGAGCUAUGUGGUCUUCCAAAUGAAGACUUGACAAUUAAUUCGCAGAAUCUUUUAACCGUCGAUGAGGCACACAUUCCCCGUGUUCUAGAUAUCGCGCAGACAUGUGUCAACGAGACGGGACGAAUGCAAUUCCAAUAUCGAGAGCGCUAUCUCCUAGAAGUUCUGGGAUGUUAUUUGUGCGUCUCACAAGCCGGAAAUUUUAAGACAACUUUGGAUGUGCAAUUAGAAGGGUAACCUUUUAUGGGUGGCAGGACCACACUUAUGCGCACUCCAGUGUCAUCACAAGUCAUAUAGACAGAUUCAAUAGGAAUUGGAUUAAAUACUCGUUUCAAUCUUACGCAACCAUUAUCGCAACU